AUGAAUAUUCCAUGGAUUGAAAAAUAUCGGCCGUCUACACUGGAUGAAAUAGUAGGAAACCAAGCAGUAAUUGAAGUGUUCAAAAUACUUGCAGAAGAAGAAAGUAUGCCGCAUUUAAUUAUCACGGGAUCACCAGGAAUAGGAAAAACAACAGUAGCGCAUGCCUUUCUAAACCGAGUGUUUGAGGACAAGCCAGGUCUCCGGAAAGAGUGCGUCCUUGAGAUGAAUGCGUCCGAUGAAAGAGGAGUGGAUGUGGUGCGUGUGAAAAUAAAAGGGUUUCUGCAAAAGAAGCUCACAUACAACAGGUUUCUGGCGCUGGAUGAGUCUGACUCAAUGACCAUGCAGGCGCAGCAGUCAAUGAGAAGGCUACUGGAGAGGCACGAAUCUGCAAAGUUCAUUUUCAUAUGCAAUGACAUAUCAAAGAUAUCAGAUACAAUACAAAGCAGAUGCGCAAUAUUGCGGCUGUCACCGCUUUCAUACGAGGAGAUCAGCCAGAUACUCAGAAAGACCAUAGAAAAGGAAGGAAUGACAGUCUGCGACAAGUCAAUAGCCACAAUAGCUGAAACAUCAGACGGCGAUGCACGGCAGGCACUAAAUCUACUGCAGACACUUGCUGCGAUCUCAAAGAAUGUGGACCUGGGGAUGGUGCAGAGAAUGAGCCAUAUUCCGCCAAUAGACACAAUUAGCAGAAUAUUUUCAAAAGAGAGCACUGAAAAGGAAGCAUUCACUCUUUUAGACGGACUUUUUGAAGAUGGAUAUUCAUCAGAAGACAUUUCCAAAAUGAUAUUCAGACUGGGAAAGGACAGAGGAGAAAUAGCCCUUCUAGAGAAGGCUUCUUCUUUGCUAAUGAAACUCGCAGAUUCUUCCUCAAAAGUGCAUUUCUACUCUGCACUAGCAGAAUACAAAACUGCCUUGUUGCAAGUAUAA